AUGGGGACAUCAGGAGUCCGCAAGCACACGGCGUUUUGUUUUGGUGCCGGACGGGCGCGUCGGUUUAAACCGCGCGACCAGGAUGACGGCAGAGUCUUCACCCUUUUCGACGUCGCCGAUGGACUUCGGAGCUUGACCAUGAACUCGAACAUGAGCGAGCGCCCCGACAAUGCGACUGCCCCGUCGACUCCGCAGGUCAAGCCCACGCAGGUACGGGUGGCUUCAGGUGUCCGCGACGCCGACGAGAGUCCCGUGGGUGGUCAGACCGCCGCUCAGCAGGACAAGGACCUCGCGGGGAGGAUGAGACUCGCCAAUCUGAAGAACAACGCUGCCAGGAGCGUGUCCGGCACGAGUGCUGCUGGAUCUGCCGCUCCUAUGCAGGGGUCCACGACCACGUACAACGACGCGAUGGGACAGGCGCAGGCACCUGGAGUCGGAGGUCAGACCUACCUGCAGCCACAGCCUCAGCAGCAGUACUACGCCCAGCCGAACCAGAACAUGCCGCCACAGAUUGGCUACGAUGGAAAUGAAGCUGGACGAGCUGGAGGGCGAGACGGAUGUAAGGCAGGGAAGCUGCUCUGGGAAAUAAGCAAGAAGUUCCCUUAUGCAGAAGCACGUAUUUGUUUUGACACAUUUUCCAUCUGGGGCCACGAUGGAGUCUACCGUGUCAAGACCAUGGUGGACAAGAUCAGAGUCUAG